UAUAGAGAUAUAUACCAGCAUAAAUGCAGAAGACUACUAUAACCUAAAUUUUAGCUAUUUCAGACAUAUCAACACCUACAUAAAUUAAGACCCAGAGAAACGAAAAUGAAAGCACACAUGACCAGCAAAAAAGCUGUACCUAUACAUCUACGGUUUUGUCUCGUUUUGAGUAUUAGAACGGUGCGUUUCAUAUUGAUAAGGUACUAGUCAAUAUGUCUCGUCUCUUUCUUCCUUCUUGCCUUCAACACUCUCUCAUCCUCUUUCUUUGUUUUCUUCAAAAGCUCUCAUUUGCAUUUAUUAUUAUUCGCAUUGCUUGUCUGCCUUCUUCUUCUUCCUCCUCUGUUUUUUCUCAUUCCCAUCUCCAACGUCCAAUUAUGAACACAACCCAAAUUAUAAACCCGACCCGACCCAUUUGGCCUGGUUUCUCUUCUUCCAAAUCUCUAUGCGGCGAUGCCAACUGCAUGGAGCAGCUUCUCCUCCAUUGCGCAAAGGCCAUCGAAUCAAACGACGCCACGUUGGCUCAACAGAUCAUUUGGGUGCUCAACAACCUCGCUUCACCCGACGGAGACUCAACUCAGAGACUCGCUUCCUCCUUCCUCCGCGCGUUAAUCUCACGCGCCGCCUCCAAAAGCCCUGCGUUCGCGUUUCUAUCACUGGCUGCUACCGCUUCCGUCUCCCAGAAAAUGCUACACCGGUUCUCCGUCAUAGAGCUCGCUGAGUUUGUCGACUUAACGCCGUGGCACCGUUUCGGAUUCAUAGCCGCGAACGCCGCAAUCCUUGACGCCGUCGAAGGUUAUUCCUCUGUUCACAUCGUUGACUUAAGUUUGACUCACUGCAUGCAAAUCCCUACUCUUAUAGACUCCAUGGCAAACAAACUCCACAAACAACCCCCUCCGCUUCUCAAACUCACUGUCAUUGCUUCCGACGCCGAAUCUCAUCCGCCACCGUUGCUCGGAAUCUCCUACGAAGAGCUGGGUUCAAAGCUAGUAAACUUCGCGACAACACGUAACAUAGCAAUGGAGUUUAGAAUCAUCUCUUCUUCUUACUCCGACGGCCUCUCCUCCCUUAUCGAACAACUACGAAUCGACCCAUUCGUCUUCAAUGAAGCUCUCGUCGUUAACUGCCACAUGAUGCUUCAUUACAUCCCCGACGAAACCUUAACUUCGAAUCCUCUCCGAUCAGUUUUAUUGAAAGAACUUCGAGAUCUAAACCCAACGAUCGUAACCCUAAUUGACGAAGACUCGGAUUUCACCUCGACUAACUUUAUCUCCAGGUUACGGUCUCUCUACAAUUACAUGUGGAUUCCUUACGAAACCGCCGACAUGUUUUUGACACGCGGCAGCGAGCAUAGGCAGUGGUACGAGGCAGAUAUAAGUUGGAAGAUAGAUAACAUAGUAGCCAAGGAAGGUGCCGAGAGGGUGGAGAGAUUGGAGCUGAAGAGCCGGUGGUUCGAGCGGAUGAGGGAAGCUAAGUUUGCCGGAGUUGGGUUCGGCGAGAGGGCGGGGACGGAGGUUAAAACAAUGCUGGAGGAACACGCCACCGGUUGGGGAAUGAAGGAAGAUGUUGAGGACGAUGAUGACGUGGAACGUUUUGUGCUGACGUGGAAGGGACAUAGUGUUGUGUUUGCAUCGGCUUGGGCACCAAUUAAUGGGGUUGCUGCUGAUCUUAUAUAAUGAUGCUUAUCUUAUCUUAAUUAAGGAUUAGUAGUGUAGGGAAUUUUAACCUGACCGGACCCGUUGUGUCUGAAUGUGCUGACUUUCAAACUCUUUUAUUUAGCAAACCAA